AUGCUUGUUAGAGCAAGAGUGGCGAGAGUGGCCCGUUUACCUAGGCCCCUCUUUCAUGUGAGGUACAAUUCCAAUAAGUACAGGUCUAUUGACGACUUCAACAAGCAAAAGACUGAAUUUAAGUUUGGCUAUGGGGUCGAUGAGAUAGAUGAGACGGAGGAAGCCAAUAGGAAAGAAAGACUUGAAGCCACAGCCGAGGGAUUUCUGGAAUUUGAUCCGCUGACCCAUCCAAGACUUCAAGGUCUUCUGCCGAACUCUCCGGAAUGGAAGGAGCAAUUGUUCAUUAUUCAGAAGGAGUUGCAGAAGGAACAGGAAAAGCAGAGAAGAGCCUAUGAGAGGAAUGAAAGACUUAAGGGACUCGGGCAGGUGUUUUUGCUUUGGUCGGUAUAG